CUCGACGACUUCGACGUGCUCUCCCAGAUCGGCGAGGGCGGCUUCGGCAAGGUCGUCCUCGCGAAGAAGCGGGACGGCGGCAGCCUCCACGCCAUCAAGGCCGUGCGCAAGGAGCGGCUUUUACACGCGGGAGAAGCGGCGGUGCAACACAUGCUCGACGAGAACCACAUCCUGCAGACCAUGCGCCACCCCUUCAUCCUGACGCUGCAGUACGCCUUCCAGGACGCGACGCGGCUGUAUCUCGUGACGAACUUCGUGGGCGGCGGGAAUCUCUACCAGCUGAUCACGCGGCUCGGCGUGCUGGGCGAGCCGCUCGCGCGAUUCUACGCGGCGCAGCUCGUUUCCGCGUUCUCGUACCUGCACGGCCAGGGCAUCGUCUACCGGGACCUGAAGCCCGAGAACGUGCUGCUGGGCCUCGACGGCUACGUCGUGCUCGCGGAUUUCGGCCUCGCGAAGACGCUGGGCCUCGAGGAGAAGAAGGAAAACGCGCUGCGCGCGUCGUUCCGCACGUCCGUGGCCAAGGCGGAGACGUUCUGCGGCACGCCGCUCUACCUGGCGCCGGAGGUCGUGGCGAAGAUGCCCUACGGCCGGUCCGUCGACUGGUGGACGCUCGGCUGCCUGCUCGUGGAGAUGCUCACGGGGCGGCCGCCGUUCCUCGCGACGAACCUCCCGGACCUCAUGGAGCUCAUCAAGACGGGCACGCCGUCGUUCCUGACGUCGGCGAAGCUCGGCGCGGCGGCGAAGGACUGCUGCGCGAAAUUGUUGGAGCGGAAGCCCGAGGACCGCCUCGGCUGCGGCGAGGGCCUGGGCGUGAAGGCGCUCGAGGCCCACGCGUUCUUCGCGGACGUCCCGUGGCGGUCCCUGGAGGCGAAGCGGGAGACGCCGCCGUUUUUGCCGGACCCGGCGACGGAC